CGCUAUUCACCGUUCACUCAGUCAGGCCGAGCUCGGAGCUGCUCUUACCGCCAUGGAAGCCCAUUCAAGUAGUUGACAUUCAAUUCGUCUCCUUCUGCUCUUCGCGUUCUUCUAGGGUUUAUUUUUCUCCCAUCUUUCUUUUUGUUACUUUUCUUUAUUUCUUCCCCAUUUUUUUUUGUUAUUGGAGAGUGACAGGACCACGCCAUGCAGCUCAUAGUGGGAAUCGGAGGAGUCACUAAUGGUGGAAAGACGACACUAACCAACAGAUUGAUUUCCUCCUUACCGAACUGCUGCGUUGUACACCAAGAUGAUUUUUUCAAGCCCCAGGAUGAGAUCGAAGUUGAAGAUGGAUUUAAACAGUAUGAUGUGAUCACUGCACUGGAUAUGGAAGCUAUGCUGGAUACCAUAGAGGCCUGGAGAAAAAACCCAGUCAAGUUCGAACGCUCUCAUGGAAUUAACAACACAUUGGACGCCGAAGCAGAUAUGAAAAAAGAUGGAGACGACACCGUCCAUAUUCUCAUUGUGGAAGGCUUCCUUCUCUACACUUACAAACCGUUAAUUAAUACGUUCACACAUCGCUACUUUAUUUCGAUACCCUAUGACGAAUGCAAGAGGAGGAGGAGCUCAAGAAACUAUACUGUUCCAGAUCCACCGGGACUCUUUGACGGCCAUGUGUGGCCAAUGUACGUUAAGCACAAGGACAUCAUGGAAGAUAUGAAUGUUAUAGUGGAACUGCUGGAUGGAACAAAGACAAGGGAAGAGCUGUUUAACAAAGUAUACGGAGAUAUCCUGAACUUGAUAAACUGCAAGGAAUAAAUGGAUACUAUGCAACCUUAACUACUGAAGAUGCCUUUUGAAUUUUAACUUAUAUAUUUGUACUGCACUUAAUUCAUCUGCAUUCAGCGUUUUUAACUAGGAAUAAUCUUGAUAAACUGCUGUAUUUUAAGCACUCCAUUUGAAUAAUAAAUUAUUCCUAUCAAAA